AUGUGGCCGAAUAGCCUCGGCGGGACUUCCGGUUGCAGUGGAGGUGCCGGCAGCGCCGAUCUCGGAGGCCUCGCAGCCUCCACCACCUCGGCCUCCGAAUUAUUUGGCCCUGGUGCAUUUGGUACUUCCGCGGCUGGGCCUUACGGUGCCCUCAAAACCAACCCUUACGUUAGUGCCCUGGGUAUGCCACCGAUCGAGGCCCUUCAUUCGACCAUCGGCUAUCCGGCUUGUACACCCGCCGGUGAGUCAUACUACUGUAAUCCCAGGAAACAACGGAGAGAGCGAACGACUUUCACGAGAGCACAGCUCGAUAUUCUUGAAGGACUAUUCUCCAAGACGAAGUAUCCUGAUAUUUUUAUGCGCGAGGAAGUAGCGAUGAAGAUCAACUUGCCGGAGUCUAGAGUCCAAGUGUGGUUUAAAAAUCGACGCGCCAAAUGUAGACAACAACAAAAACAACAAGAACAGCAACAAGAUAAGGCACCGAGAUCGAAGAAACCUUCGGGAAAUCCUACGAGUAAUCCACCUCCUGGAAAGAGUCCUUCGAUCGCUACCACACCCACGCCAGCUGCGGCUGUACCAGCUACGACUCCCCUAAGCGGAGGUACCGGAGGAUCAGCAGCUAGUUCGCCAGCCCUUUUAAGGGACUCACCUCAAUAUAAGCCUGCUGGGCCCGCCACCAGUUUACUUUUGGCUGCAAAUACCACGCCUCCGAGCUUGAGUGGUACGGUGUAUAGUAGUGGAGGAAGUAGCAGCAGUAUUUGGAGUCCUGCCGUAACGGAAAAUGGUGGAUUUGCGGGAGAUCAUCAGAGGUUAGCGUGGACAACAACAGCGUCUCAACAGCAAUGCUAUCAAAAUUAUUCUUCUUAUUAUACCAACAUGGAGUACUUGUCUCCUGCAUCGCAUCAAUUGAACGUUGUGGACGGAGGUGGAAGUGGAUUGGACAAUACGUGGAGCAAAACAAGAGAUGAGAGCGCUUCUUCCUGGUUUUACAACACUGCUGGCUGGGGUGACCGAAAAUGAACAUUAAGAGGAAAAUAAAUCAAGAAAUAAAGAAGUAAGAAAAAACCAUGGCGUCCUUCGAGAAUUUCAACGGCCGGGUACAUAUCAUCGACAAUAGGGAACGUCUUACUUUCGGAAUUAAUUCUAAUAAUAAAAUAUGCGUGAGAGCAACGACGAUGGCCUAAAAUAGAAACAAAAAAUGCGAUAAAUAUUUUUCUGGACGAUGAUGCGAUGUUGUCAUCGUCGUCAUCGUCGUCGUCGUCGUUGUUGACGAUUGGUCACGUUCAUAACAAUUCUAUCGAAAACAUAUCGAUCGUACGCGAACUUCAUCGGAUAUUAUUAUUAUUAUUAUUAUUAUUAUUAUUAUUAUUAUUAUUAUUAUUAUUAUUAUUAUUAUUUUAUUAUGAUUAUUAUAUUAUUAAUGAUUAUGCUGCUAACUUACGCGAGAAUCGAGUUUAUUAUUUCAGGGCUAUGUCGUGUACGUAUACUUAGGAUAACAUAGCCAUCGAUUAGGUUUACGAAUGCGAAUACUCAGAGAGAACGUGUGUUAUACGUAUGCGUACGUAUUUAUAUGUACGUGUAUUCGCUUCGAAUCAUAAGUCUUAUUAAUUUUCACUUUAAAUCGGUUCUCAAAGUGCUGCUAGUCAUUACGAAUAUGAGUAAAUAUAUAAAUGCCAAGCGAAGGUGAGAUUAAAUUUAGAUCUAUUGUAUCGUU